GUGUGAGAGUCUAAGCUUAUAGAGAAGAACUUGAACCCCUGACUCAUGGGUUAGGGGUUUGUUAGAUACUGUAGCACUGCAAACAAUGAACAAACUUUCAGCCAAGAUAUCUCCUGCCUCUGAACCUGUGCCCAUCACACUUCACCUGCACACAACAUCAGCUAAUGAGAAAGACACUCAGGGUGAAAAUAUUUUGUUGGAUGAUUCUGAUACAGGACAACGAUUUAAACGCACCUGUCCUCGAUGUUCAUUACAAGUUGCAUGGAGGGUGACAUGUGGGAUUGUUUUAGGAGCUUGCGUUGCAGUUUCGUGGGCCUGGGGAACCCAUAAUGCUAAAGAGACGCUUAUAAAACAUCCUACACCGUUUUUCAUCACAUGGUUUUGUAGCAUCUGGAAUGUUUUGUUUUUUCCAUUGUACUAUCUGUGUCAACUUCUCGUGGAGAAACAGAAAGAGUUUCCAAACACAAAAUUCAGAAAGUGUAGCAGGUUUCUGGGUGAUGAGUUGACUGUAAGGGCUCUUCUUAAAGGGGCGGCACCAUUCUCGGUGCUAUGGCAUUUGUCUGGUUAUCUUUAUUUGCUGGCUCUUUGCCACAUAUCCAAAUUGGAUGUGAGUGCCGUUCUCUGUUGCGGUCAGGCUUUCGUCUUCUUACUUUCCUGGAUUGGACUUAAGGAUCGCUUCAUGGGCGUGAGGAUAUGGGCUGUCAUUCUGUCCAUCACUGGUAUUGUUAUGAUGGCAUAUGCAGAUGGUUUUCAUAGUGACUCAAUCACAGGAGUUGCACUGGGGGUUGGCUCAGCUUCAACCUCGGCCUGUUUCAAGGUGCUUUUCAGAAAGCGUGUAGGUGAUGUCCAGCCUGGCCCUGCCAGUGUGCUGUUCUCCUGCGUGGGUCUUUGCAGUUUUAUCCUACAGUCCUGGGUAUGUGUGGUGCUUUAUCUUACAGACGUGGAAUAUUGGCCUCCGUCUCAGAAUAUUCCCUGGGAUACACUGUGUGUCAUGGCAUCUCUGCUGCUUGGUUUCAAUGUGCUGGUAAAUUUAGGAGGAAUGUUUACGUAUCCCAGUUUAAUUUCACUUGGAAUUCUCUCGACCGUUCCAGCAAGUGCAGCUGUAGAUAUAUUAGUGACGGCAACACUGCAUAUAAAUCAUGUGCGAGUUGCGGCAGCAGGUAUCAUCUCAGCAGGGUAUCUCCUGUUACAGCUCCCAGAAAACUGGGACGAAAGCACUCAGCGCUGCCUCAGGACACUGUGGCAUGGAAACUGGCAUGAGGACAGUAUAGUUGGAGAAGAGACUAUGGUGGACACUGUUGGGAUUGGACAAGCAAAACCAAAACCGGCUGUAGUAGUGCUUAGCUGA